GAUGAACAGAGGAAACAAAGACUCCCCUUUGAUAAUCCUUCCCACUUGGUGGCUUCGUUAAUAAUCAAAGGAAUUUCUACCUUAUUUUGUUCAAAGUAAUUUCCUGGAUCCAGUGUGUUCAUGAUAACCUGGAAGUUGCAAAAUCAAGUCUAUUAUAAUCGACACAAUAACAAUAUUUGAGAAAAUCAUCAGUAUAAACUGAAAAUCAUGGCUGUAACGAUACUCCAUGAUCGCGCCAGUCCUGAGCCUAUAAGCAGAGAAAUGAAAUUACUCUUAGGGGAACGCGACGCACUGCAAGAGUCUUUACGAAAAUUUCACGUAGAAUCUCCCCGCCGAGUCGAUUUCAAAUUGGAUAGUAAGUGGGUGAAUGAUAUGGAUGACGACGAUAGUAGCGAUUUCUUUGGGCUAUUGGAUAUUUCUAUUAGAAAUUGGGUUCUAAAAGAAGCAAAAACUUUGUCCCAGCUCGACGAUCUCCAGGGCCGUGACCGUGAAUUCUUUUUCAAAGAAGUGGCAAAAAUAGUACUUCUUGAAGGACCAAACAAACAAGAAUUACCAAAACGCCUGGAGUCUCCUAGAGUAUUGGCAUUUAUUCUUGGAGCUCUGCUUAACCAUCACAUAUUCAAGACUGUCUAUGUCGAUCCUUUUUUCUUUUUAGGCGAAGAAACAUCGCAAAUUCUCAACGAUAUCAUGUCGCUAGGCAACAUCUGGAACCUGGGGGCUUCUCAACGUUGGCGUGCAUACACCUUGAAAAUACUUCGUCCACUAGGCAAAACUGCAGAUGCGAGAAUUAUCGAAUCGGUAACACAAAAGCUCUUGCGCAAUGCAGCAGUCUCCAAAGCUGCAGAAUUUAUGCGGACUCCCGCCAAGUAUAUCGUGAAUGAUCACCCGAAUACGCUCCAGAAACUUGAGGAUAUAUAUAUGGAGGCCGCUGAGCAUUCAUUCAAGAUUUGGGUUCAGUCACCGAUGAUAAAGCUCCUUGACGACCCCCCCAGCUUCUUGGGUCAGGCAUAUGAUGCGCGAAAUAAAUUCAUGAAAGCACACGAUAGGGUCAACCAUACUACCGAUAUCAAUCCAAAUGGCCAGAAGAUAGCUAUGGUUGUAUCGCCUGCGAUCGUGAGAUGUGGGGUCCGCUUGGCAGAUACUAAUUACUAUGAGACGAGAUGGUGGCAUGAGACUUUCAUUUACAAACCUGCAAAAGUGUGGUUUUAUGUUCCUAGGCCUGGAAGCCCCGUGAUUAAUGAGCAAGAGUUUGAGCCAAUGCCUAUUCCUCCCUCACCAGUCAACGAAUGGGUGACAAUAACUCCUCCCCGAAGCGAUUUGAGCCCAGAAACUCUAACCGAAAGAUUCAUUGAGCGUUUCGACAGAGUGACUUCGCUUGAACUCGUCAAACCCUACCUAGACGACUUUGCUGAACAGCUAAGACCUGUGAUAGAAGGGUUACGUGGAGAAGUAGCGCAACGAAUUGAAGAGUGCAACGAAAUGGAAAAGGAAAGAGAUGAAUUCAGGAGGAAGUACCUCGAGGCUCUUGGAUCUUAAGACCAUGCAAAUGAAACACGAAAAGGAUAUCAAAGCUCUUCAACAGCAGCUUCAAGAUCAGAAGGAAAACGUGGCGUUGGAAAUAGAACGCCUCCAAUCUGGGUUGUAAUUUGCCUGUCAAUUUCAAAAUGUAUUGCUCAUUAGUAUUUAUCUAUUCAUGUAUUCGAAUGAUCGAUGUUAGUUUAAAAAUGCGGGGUUUUUCUUUUUACAUGUUCUGAGCUGUUAGUUCCAAUGCCAAAUUUCAAUUUCGUUCGUUCCUUGUUUUCUUUUAGGGGGUAUGUUUGUGCAAUUCUUACUAUCAAUCGAGCGAAAGGCAAUCAUGUGUAAGGCCGGAUAAUUGCUCAUGAAUACUGUACCAAUGAGUAUAGGGCUACUAGUAGACA